AUGUUUCCCACUUUCAUGAUUGAACUUCGACAUAUAUCUCGAGAAGAAGGAAACAAAAGCUUCACUAAGCACUUAGAAUCAACCAACUGUGAAAAGACUACAAUUAAAAGGCAACAAGAUGCGAGAAAGUCUGCUGAUAAGAAACAUUGGAUCUGUUUACGCAUAACACCCGCAGUGAUAACAAAGUUAUUCAAAAUGAUUGCAUCUCAAAUUCCAUAUGGUGUUCUCAUUGAAGCCAAUUAUUCACAAAGAGAACUCAGUCGUCGUAUUAUUGAAGUAUAA